AAGAGGCGGCUGUUCCACUGAGGACAAUGACCAUAAGAGGAGCAUCAUCGCAUGUCGCCUCGGCAACCCGCCAGAGCGAGGUGAGCUGCCGCCUGCGAGGUCACCGCGGGUUGGAGAAUUCCCCCGAAGAGCAGCACUGCUGGGAUAAAGUUUCCCGAGCGACCCAGGCAGACCGGGACAAAGUCCUUCCUUCCGCCCCUUUUUUCUGUGGUUUAAUGUUACAACAUUCUACCUGUCCAGGUGAACUGCAUCUAAGUUACCCUCCAAUAUGUCCCGCUUGUGUCCACCUGAUCGGGUCUAACCAGAACUGCAGCCUCAACUCACAAUGGCGGAGGCCUCCGCACCACCUCUCGAUGACCCCGUCUGCCAGAUCUGCCUGCAACCACUCGUCCAACCGUCGGACACGCCCUGCGGACACACCUACUGUCAGGCGUGUCUUGCCAGCUGCCUUUUGGAGAGCAACCUUUGCCCGGUUUGCCACGAGCCCCUCAAACUGCAGAACUGCGUGGAACCCGGCAUGCUUAUGCACCAAAUGAUGGACAAGCUGGCUGUGACUUGCCCUGCCACUCAAGUCCAGGCCCCUGCUGACUUGGAGGACUCCAUGAACAACAGUGGGCAACCCGAACCUGCUGUGGCCAUGGAGGACGCCCCACCGCCCUCGGCUCCCUCAUCGGAUUCGGGUCUUCAGUCGCCGCAAACGGACCUGUGUGUCUCCUGCGGUCACAGCCACCAGCUAGAGGAGAACCAUGAGUACAAUUACAAAGAAGAGGUAGACAGCGACCUGAUGUGCCACAUCUGCCUGCAGCCGCUUAUCCGACCGCUGGACACACCUUGCGGGCACACGUACUGUCAGGAGUGCCUCACCAGUUUCCUGCUCGAGAGCGACUUCUGUCCAGUGUGUCGCGCGCCCCUCAUGUUGCAGAACUGCAGGAAGCCAAGCUUGCUGGUGCACAAGCUGCUCGACAAGCUGACUGUGGUUUGCCCCUUCAAGGAUCACUGCACUGAAGUUUUGGCCCGAGGUGACAUGGAGGACCACAUCAGAAGCAGGUGUAAAGGCGCCUCUCACUAUGGCCUCUCAGCGGACAGGAAGCGGCGCUCUCAGGAGGGCGAGUGCACGGACAGCACGUCGGAGCUCACCAUCGCCACGUUGCCCGGCGACGGCCCCGCGUCCGCCGCCGUGGCCCUGCUGUCAGACGAGGCGGGUUUAGUCAACCCGGCUUUUGACGCCAGCAUGGAGGAGCACAGCCAGUCGGGCAGCACCACCAGCCUGGCGGCCCGUUGCAGCAGCAAGAAGAGUGAGUUGCGGAGCCGCUCUUUCCGGAGGCUCAACCGGGCGUUCAGCGUCCUGCGGAGGACCAAGAGUGGCACCGCCGUCAAUCAUGAGACCUCGGAGGAGCGGGAUAACGCCAGGAAUUCCAGCGUGCCACAAGGAGUGUUGGCUCUGCCACAGCUUCACCACUUGAUCCCCGACGGGGAAGUGACCAGUAUUAAAAUCACGCGGGCGGAGCCGUCGGAGCCGCUCGCCAUCAGCAUCGUCGGCGGCAACGAGACUCCGCUGGUGCGCAUCCUCAUCCAGGACAUCUACAGGGAGGGGGUCAUCGCCCGAGAUGGACGCCUGCUCCCCGGGGACAUGAUCCUCAAGGUGAACGGCAUCGACAUCAGCAACGUGUCGCACUGCUACGCGGUGGCCACCCUCAAGCAGCCGUGCCAGCUCCUGCGUCUCACCAUCCUCCGAGAGCAACGCCACCGCUACCAUCACCCGCACGUGGGCGCCGGCGCCGGGGGCCACCCGUCGCACGGCCUGCCCCAUCACCACCCGUUCCGGGACGACAGCGUCCACGUGGUGCUGAGCAAAAGCGCGCCCGACGAGCAGCUGGGCAUCAAGCUGGUGCGGCGGCCCGAGGAGCCCGGCCUGUACAUCUUUGACCUGCUGGAGGGCGGCCUGGCGGCUCGGGAUGGACAGCUGUGGGUCGGGGACCGCGUGCUCGCUAUCAACGGACACGAUCUGCGCUACGGAGCCCCGGAACAUGCUGCGCUGCUCAUACAGGCGAGCGAGGAAGGCGUGCACUUCGUCGUGUCCCGUCAGAUCUGCUUGCCUGCGCCCGACAUCCUCCAAGAAGCUCCAUGGGGCAUGGACGGCCCCCCGCCAUAUUCCCCGGUGGACAUUGAGCAAACACUGCUGGACUCGUGCCAGAAGCCCGCCUGCUACGAGAAGACGGUUACGUUGACCAAGGAGCCAUACGACUCGCUGGGCAUGGCCGUGGCCGGCGGCAUGUCCAGCCGCGGUUGGGACCUGCCCAUCUACGUCACAAACGUGGACCCCGACGGAGUUGUAGGCCAGGAGGGUUCCAUACGCAAAGGCGACAUCUUACUCAACGUGAACGGCGUGGAUCUGACGGGAGUGACGCGGAGCGAGGCCGUGGCGAACCUGAAGAACACCUCGUCGCCUGUGGUACUCAAAGUCCUGGAGAUGCGGCCCCCCGAUGAGGGUCUGCCGGAGGGCGAGCUGCCGCCAUGCCUGGCGUCCUCGCCCGACAGCACCACCAAGAGCCCGCUGCCCAACAAUGACUACUCCCCGCUGUGGGUGUCAUGGCUGCAGCUGCCCAGGCACCUGUACGGCUGCAAGGACAUCGUGCUGCGGCGGAGCAUGUCAGGCAGCCUGGGGUUCAGCAUCGUGGGGGGCCAGGAGGAAGUCAACUGCAACCAGUGCUUUUUUAUACGCUCCAUCGUCAAGGGCACGCCGGCCUACAACGAUGGCGGAAUAAGGUGCGGGGACAUCCUACUGGAGGUGAACGGAAAGAGUACGUGGGGCAUGACCCACAUGGCGUUGGUACGUCUCCUCAAGGAACUACGGGGAAGGAUCACGUUGACCAUCGUGUCGUGGCCGGGAAGCUUGAUGUAAAUGGACUUUUGAGUGGCGCUCUCAUGAGACUGGACUUUUUUUUUUUGUCUCUGGGAACAUGGACACCGAACAUUUGGGGUUCUAUCCCUGUGUAUAUAAAAAAUAAAAUAAAAUAUUGAUUGAAGCACUGGUACUACAUCUGUUUAUCAUACAACACGUUGCCAAGUAGUCGUCUGUGUCGUUUGACUCAUUUCUUUCAGAUUUCAAGAAAAAAAAAUGUGUUCAUAAGAUGUCGAAAACGGAAACUAUUUAAAUCAUUAGGUGACUUUGUGGAGGCCUUACUCAUUUUCUUACUUUUAAGAGAUUUAAAAAAAAAUAAAAAAAAACAGACUCGGUUGCUGUGUAUCCCUCGGCCGUCCGCCGUGGUUGUUUGUGUCCGCUUCGGCCCAUGUCGUAUAUCUGAUAUCAGUACACUUGGUUCAAUGGUCAAUAAAAGUCAUUGGAAAAACAUA